GAUUAACGGCGAGGAAGUGCCUACAAUUUCUGCUCAUCCUGCCCGCUUCACCCCUGAAGACAAGUUCUCGGAGCAGAGGCUUUUGAUCAAGAAGCGUUUCGGCGUGCUGCCGACGCAGAGCGAUCCUAUCAUUUACUAAAAUCAGCCAAAUCAUGAAUCAAGCAGAAGGGAAAACGUACUAUUUCGAGACAGAAAUCCAAAGGAUGAUGUACGCGUGCGGUGACAGUCGGUCUCCACUGGUGGAGACGGCUCACCUGAUCGAGGAGGUGGUGCACAGGCAGAUGGUGCUGCUGCUGCUGAAGGCGCAGGAUGUGGCCGAGCUGCGGGAGGCCAAGUACAUCCGGCCGGAGGACAUGCUCUUCCUGAUGCGCAAAGACAAAUACAAGCUGCGCAGGGCGGUCAAGUUUCUGUGUUUCAGCGACACUAAAUGCAACAUAUACACCGAUCUGGUGGGCAACAUCGAGAAGAAGGUGGCGUCCUCGGGCAAGCGGCGGCAGCUGUGCAAAGACUUGCUGCUCUCGAUGGACUUCACGGGCCAGCUGAUGGCCUGGGUGGACAGCGAUUUGGUCGUGGACGAAGUCAAGGAGGAGCGCAUGCGGCGCGCCGACGAGAUGACCAGCGCCAUGAGCACCGACGACUACAUCAACUACUCGCAGGCCAGGAGCGUCACCUUCACGCAGAGCAACAACAACAACACCCUCAAACUCAGGGAGUGGAUCUUCAAGGACGGAAACUUCCUGGGCGACCAGUCGCAACCGCAGCUGCCGCUCGGCCACGGCGUGCACAUGGAGCUGCUCGGAUAUCUCGCCCAUGAAACGCUCUGCCAGCUCGUCGACUUUGCCUUGCACAUUCGAAGGGACAGCACAGCCUCCAUCACCAAUCCCAUGAACAGACUGCUGCCCCCCUCGCUCUACACUCCAAUGACAAUUUUCAAGCCCCACGAUCCGAGAUACGACGCACCGUCGAGCAGCAAGGUUGAAUUCGUGCAGCCUCUGACCCCUCACGACAUCAGGGAAGCCAUCCGCAGGUUCUGCAACCCUAUCACCCCGUUCAACAAAUUCACCAGAGGAUGCAAAAUCUCCUCGGACCAAAUUCUCUUCUGCUGUUAAAUUGCAUUUUUUCUUUCAUAAAUAAAUCUUGAUUCAUAAUAAAA